UGACAGAGUUCUUGUUUUCGUUUUCACAUAAACAGUACUUUACGACUCCGCAAAGCGGUUGGAAAUUUUUUGCUGUGAAGAUCUCUUCGCUCUUUUUGGAGCGUUCUAACCAUCAAAAACAUGAUGAAUAACAUUGAGCAGUUGCUUGAGGCUGCUAAGAUCCUCGAAGAGAGAGAUGAAGUAGCAAAGAAACGUUCCCCGAACUCCUCUAGAAAUCAGAAAAAAUCCGCCAGGCGAUCGCCUAGCUAUAGUCGUACAACACAUAACCAGCUCGAGAAAAACCGACGGGCACACCUGAGGGAUUGCCUUGAGCUCUUGAAAGAACUCGUGCCUGCACCACCAGAACACCAAAAAGCUACAACAUUAGCUCUGUUACAGAGCGCUCAACAAUACAUUCAGGUUUUACAAACCUCUGAGAAAGAAGCUUUAGAAGCAAAACAAAAACUUUAUAAGCAACAGAUGCAGUUACGGCAAAAACUAGUCUGCCUAAAGGAGAGUGUGGAUGGGAAGAGACCAAGAACAUCAGAAGGAGACUCCAUGACCAGUGAGGAGAUAGACAUUGAAAAUGAUGAGGAAAUGGGCUAUGCAAGCAGCGAAUCAGAAGACCGUUGUAGCAUGGAAAGUAUGGGGAGUGGAGGAAGUGACUGCGGACUGACUGUCAAUACAAGACGAGCACUUGGCAUGUCCUAAAGGUGGUAAAUCCUAGCUUGAGAUUAUCAAAUUACUAGCUUACAGAAUACAGUUUACUUGUUAGUUUUAGUUGUCUGGUUUAGUUGUCUAAAUUGUUUGUAUGUGUUUGGUCUUAGUUAAAAUCUUCACAGUUCCUAGAACUGUAGGCAAAUUAGUGAUAAUUUUGAUCUAGGAUGACUAAAAUAAUAUUUAAUUAUUUGUUUUGAUGCUUCAAAAGCAUAAUUCACAGAACAUCAGUACAUAACAUAGAAAUUUGUCAAGAGUUCCAAGCCAUAGUUUGUGCUAUGCAAUAGUUAGAACAGUCCAGUUUUAUGCCAAGGCAGAAGUCUUCAUAGCAGCUUGGGUAUACAUAGAAAUUUACAAAAUGAACUCUACAGUAAAAUUGCAAGCUAUUAGUAAGUUCUCUAUAGAGUAUAGCUAUAAGAUCAGAAUGAAAAUGUAUGUUUAUGAAAUUAUAGUAUUUUAAUGUACAUACAAGUCUUCGUGUACAUUGAAGUGAACUCCAGUUGCCUAGUAUUGCCUUGAGUAUAAAUUUGUGUAGGGUUUUGUUUUUAUUUCAUUUGCAGCAGAUUACUUGUAUUUUUAUUGUUUGAGCUUCAUUCUUUUUAAGAGCACCAUCUGGGCAGCCGGCACCCAUCACGGAUUAUUCGUUCUCAAUGCAGCUUUUAAAUAUAAUACACCUUGCAGUUUUAUGCAAGGACGACAUGUGAUGAGAGAUGAACACUUGUUUUCUUGAAGUGUAUUAUAGUAAUAAUCUUUGUCUAGACAAAUCCUCACGAUCUCAAUAAGUUGCAGGUUUAAUUUACUUUAAUACCUCUAACUGAACAUUAUUAUUCUUGACCUGUACAUUCAUGUAAAUGUAUAUUAAUUCUAUCUUAGAAGGUCAGGGAGUCUUCUUUGUACAAAUGCACAAGCCUGUAUUGUCACAGUUUAUUGGUCAUUAGUUCUGGCUCUUGUCUUUCCAUUCCAGCCAAUUGUUGUAAGGUUUGUCCCUUGGCUGUUAAAGAUAUUUUGUUCAACCUUAAGAGAUCACAACCUCACAUGCAGGAAUCAAUUCAAUGAAAUUUAUAUUAAGUGAAUGCUACACUUUAAAUAUAAACUUUAUUUGAAUUGUUUCCAGUCGGAAAAAGUAAAGUAUUGUUUUUUUAUAUUACUUUUGAUCAGUUUUUUCUUCAGGCAAUUGCAUGUCUCAUUCAAAGUAAACAUUUAACUUCUUUCAUGGGUUUAUUUUUACGUCAUGUAAAACAUGGUAAAUCUAAAUUAAUCUUCUUUCUCAUAUACCUAUAAUAAUUAUACAAAGGCAUAAAGCUCAUCUAACACAAAUAGAAAAAGUGUAAAUUAAUUCUUAAACCUGUCACUCCCAGGUCUUAUAUCUUAUUCAAAAUUACAGUAUUUAUAACUUAGCCGGUGCUUAGGUCACCUUGUACAAAACAGCCACGCCUUGUAAAUGGCUAGAAUGACGGUGUUGGUAUUUUUAUCGUGAUCUGUAAAUAAUAUGUAUUUUUAAAGACAAGUGUAUUCCUGUGACUUGUAUUUUAUAAAUUAUUACCAAAGUUUCAAGGAAUUAGUAAAGGUGGUUUCAACCUCUCA